UUGCCACCGGUGACCUCAAAUAAAAAAAGACAAAUAAUAAAAGAGAGCAUCAAGGACAAAUCCGGAAAUCCAAUUUUUUUUAAGUCGGUCUUUCCACAUUGCGUCUAUUUCCUUUCUUCGGCUCACCGACCCUCUGCCUCUCCAAAAAUAACAAAAAAAAAAUCGAUAUUUUCGCAUUCCAGAGCGUCCGAGAAACCCUAUUUCUCUUCCACCCAGCGAUCACCACCACUAGCAGGUCAAUUUCCAUAAAAAUGUCGAUCAUGAUGGCUAGGAACCUUGCCACAUUACCUCUAUUAGCACCAGUUAAAACAAAUGGUCAGUCCAUGGAGCGAAGUAAGCUAACAAGAUCUAAUCUAGGUGGGGCCUGCAUGCGGUUUCAACCUUCAGAUUAUAGCAGGGCACGUCUUCAAAUUGCUAAAUCUGGAAUCAGGCUUUCCAAGCCAUUCUCACAUAUUGAUAGAAGAAGGCCCAGCACGUGUUCCACUCAAAUGCAGUCUACUUCUGUUAUUUGUCAAGCUGCUUCGAAUGCAAGAAACGCUGCUGCUACUGCAGGCCAAACCCAAACUGUUACACGGAAGGCUCCAACAAUUACUAGGAUUCCUGGCAAGGAGAAGUCACCAAAACUCUAUGAUGGUGGAUCUGGUUUCCCACCCUAUCAUGACGGUGGUAGUGGCGGAGGCGGCGGUGGUGGCGGAGAUAAACCAUCAGGUGGAUGGAUCCUUUUUGCUUUACUUGGCGUCCUAGGCUUUUUAAAAGAUAAAGAAAUUCAGUGGCGUAAUCGCAAAGAUGAAGGAUGAUUGUCAAGAAUUGGCUGCAUUCAAUAGGGGAGGGGGAGCUCCUGGCCUUCUCGUGUUGGGCCUUAGCAGGACGCCUUGUCCUCCUCAUCCUCACUCACGGACUCAACUAUUGGUUUUGCAAGGGCAUUCAUGACAAUAUGCCUGACUUCAAACGCCCAAGUUGGAUCGUCGGACUUAUUGGUGCCUUUCAAGAGGCCAAAGGUCUUUUUGAUCACACACUGGGCGAUCGUCCAUUCGAUAGCUUGCCGAAACUUAUAGUCAUGUUCUGGCUACCGUUAUGCACUGUUGGG